UAUCCGCGCAGUAUUGCAUGUGCAGUGCUCCGGACCCGAAAAGGGGGGCAGAUAUUCGUGCUGGAGCCCCUCUGAUCAGAGACCGCGGCGCUCCUGGACGUAACCGAGACCCGCAGACGGAGCUGUGUUGUCUGAAUCCAUGCGGGAGCGCGCCCGUGGACGUUAACACAACAAAGUGUUGCAUUUCACGGGAGAAACGGAGCGCGCGGAGUCAUGCGGGCUCCGUUUGGCGGAGGUGUGUGGCGGAGUAACUAACGGAACUAACGGCGCCCUCACCCGUUAAGCACACACAACGCACAACGCACCAAAUUUGGUCUCGCCUUCCUUCCUGCGCGCUCCCGCGUCACUAUGCUGCUCGGCGCGGCGGUGCGCGCGUGUAGGCGCGUGCCCGCGCUCGCCGCUUUCCCGCGCAUUGGACGGUGGACCGACGUGACCGAGACACCGCUGCUGAGGCUCUCCAGCACCAAAGCAGCGCCGCACUACCGGAGGAUGGAGUACCAGGAUGCGGUGUGUACCCUGAACACCCUGCAGACCAACGCCAGCGCGCUGGAUCAGGUGCGCCGAGAGCGCGGACACCCAGAGAUCCAGCUGCAGGCUAUGAGGGGAUUCCUGCAGCGCGCAGGCCUCACGGUGGAAGAGCUCGAUCAUCUCAACAUCAUACAUGUCACUGGAACCAAGGGAAAGGGUUCCACGUGUGCCUUCACCGAGCAGAUUCUGAGGAACUACGGCUUUCGCACUGGAUUUUACAGCUCUCCACACCUGGUUCAGGUGAGAGAGAGGAUCCGUAUAAAUGGGCGUCCGAUCGGGAAAGACCUGUUCACCAAGUACUUUUGGCAGGUUUACAACCGACUGGACGAGACCAAGGAGACCCACGGCGGCACCAUGCCAGCAUAUUUCCGCUUCCUGACCAUCCUCGCCUUCCACGUCUUCCUGCAGGAGAAGGUGGAUGUUGCCGUCAUUGAAGUGGGGAUAGGUGGAGCCUACGACUGCACCAAUAUAAUCAGGAGGCCGUGGGUGUGCGGUAUUUCCUCGCUGGGGAUUGACCACACCAGCAUCCUGGGGGACACGAUAGAGAAGAUUGCCUGGCAGAAAGGAGGGAUAUUUAAGCCUGGGGUUCCAGCAUUCACAGUGAAGCAACAAGAGGGACCAAUGACAGUCUUACAGCAAAGAGCCGAGGAGAUCGGGUGCUCCCUGUCUGUGUGUCCUGAGUUGGGUCAGUAUCAGAGUCCAGGUGUGGAGCCGGUGAAGCUGGGUCUGGCUGGGCUACACCAGCGAUAUAACGCCUCUCUUGCACUCCAGCUCACACACUGCUGGCUCCAGAGGCGCUGCAGCACAGCAGAGGCAGCCGUGGAGUCUGCAGCGGGCUUUGGAGGCUUUUGUACGGCUCCGGUGUUUGAGCCCAGCCCUCGCAUGCUGGAAGGUUUGGCGGCGACUGAAUGGCUUGGCCGGAAUCAGACGCUGACCCACGGAAGCAUCACGUACUUUCUGGACGGAGCUCACACCAUGCGCAGCAUGCAGGCCUGCGUGAGCUGGUUCAGUGAGGCGGCCGCACAGCACGAGACAAACAUCACGGGUUCACUGGUGCGAGUGCUGCUGUUCAACGCCACUGGAGAGAGGGACUGUGCCGCCAUGCUCAAACUGCUUGUGCCGUGCCAUUUUGAUUUUGCUGUGUUCUGUCCUAACAUCACUGAGGCCAUCGCUGCAUGCAAUGCAGAUCAACAGAACUUCAAUGUCUCCGUGGAGAACAUGCUCACCCGUUGCUUAGACAACCAGCAGAGCUGGCGCAUCCUAAACGGUCAGGAGGAAAAGCCGGAGGCGGAGUUUCUGAUCGGUGAUGGUCUCCCCCUGGUGGCGGAGCAGCGUAGCGCGACACUGGUGUUCCCCUGCAUCCUGAGCGCCCUCCGGUGGAUAACGCAGGGAAAAGACCCGGUCCUGUCCGACCCCAGCAAGCACCUGAUACCCGUGAAAGCUAGCGUCAACGCUAAAGCCGCGCCGCUGCGAGAGGCCUCUAAUAUCCACGUGCUAAUCACAGGGAGCUUACAUUUGGUGGGCGGGGCUCUGAAACACCUGGAGCCUUCCUUGGCAUCCUAACACAGCUGCAUAUGUGUGCAUGUGGUUAGGUGAGCGUUCAUCAGAGGGGUAUUUCACAGAGCAGCAUGUCGGUCGGCUGGGUAACUUAAGUCAGUUCUAAUUGGAGAAUCCUCACUUUUGGCUUAAGUUAUCCAGCUUUACUUCGAAGUCUUGUUUUGCGAAAUACCCCUAGGUGUUUCUUCUUCUGACUAACCCAAAUUCAAAAUCUGUAGAUACUCAUAAACUUGGCCUUGCACAACCAGCCUGCUGUAAAAAUCUUAUUGAAUUGACCUGCUACCACAGUGCCACCUAGUGGCCGCAACGAGCAGGAGGCGAAAGCACUUAGUUCUUCACCUGUGCCUUCUCGUGCAGGACAGACAGCUGUGCUGCUCUUCUGUGGAAAUGUUCACAGAGCCUAUGACGUAGACGCAAAUUAAACUUAGUACAGGAUAAAAUCACACUACGAACUGUUCAGGACUAAUCCCAAUCUGUCGGGGAAAUCUAGAAUCAGACUUGUGGACCUUAAGCUGUUAUUGACCCUGAAGGCUGGCUUUUCAGGCGCUUUUCCACUGGGUUGGGCAACAAGGCAGAUAUAAUAUCUCACCAUACAUCAACACAUUUUCUCAUUACACAGUAUUUAGUUUGAUAUGUUGGUAAAGGAGAAAAUGCACUAGUGGUGCCACAUUUAAAAAAAAAUGCCAUGAAAACUAUGCGCACAAUGAAUUUUAUGUAACGUCUCACAGACUGCACUGCACUAAAUCCAGUUAACCAGGACUAAUAAUGCUGUCUUUUUGAUGAGACAUGCAGUUGGAGUUCCUUUAAGUGCUGUUGAUGUCCAUGAUAUGGCCCAGAAAUGCAUAUUGUGGCAUAAUUUAUCACGAUAAUGAUAAAUAUGGUCACAUUGCCAACCCCUGUUUUCCACUGAGAGUCCUUAAGACUAGGGCUGCACGAUAUGGACGAAAUACCAUAUUGUGAUGUAUUCCUUGCAUGCCUUGCAAUGUAUUAAAACACAGUGAACCCUUGAUGUGGUUAAAUAUCGGUCUGCAUUAUUUUUCACCACAGUUGUUUGUUUGUUGGAUCAUGUGACAGUUUUAAAACCCCCAAAUACACAAGGAAGCUCAUGUACACUGGCUGUGAUUAGUCAGGAUGCUCAUAAAAAUGAGUGAUCAUGUAGAAGCUCAUGUGCGUGUAUGCGAUAGAACGAUAUUGCCAGUAUUGCGAUAAAGCCUGAUAAGCGAUAUAUUGUGCAGCCCUAUUCAAGACUGCAAAGUUAGCUGUAGACCUUAGAACUGGAGUCAAACCUGAAGCUCUGAGUCUGAAACAUACAAAUCUGCACAUACAUGUGAGACACUACUUGAACUGGAGUCUGUCAAUGUGGACUCCACUGCCCUGUUUUUCCAUCUGUCCUUCAUUUGAACUUCUCUUUUUUCAUGUCUUUCUUUAUUAACGCUGUAGCUGUAGUGGGUUUUUCUUAUAUUUGAGCUUCUUUAAAGAAAAUGAACAAAAAGAAAUGCUAUCAUAUUUCAGUUGGCAUCUUUGGCUGGUGCUAAAAUGGUAAGAAUAAGAAUAGUUCUGAAAGGGGAAUUCGACUGAUUUUUCAGAAUUUCAGCAUGAUCCGUAAUGGUUGAGGUGUACAAGUCAUUCACAGUGAACCUACAUGUGUCUUCUGGGUUUUAUAUAUAAUGUUAAUCAGAAAAAAGUGUUAAAUCAGAAAAAUAUUGGGUUUUAAAAGUACAUUUUAGGCCAAAAUCUUCUCCAAACUAUCAUAAAACAGUGUCUCAGACAUCAGGCAGUGAAUUCAUAACCAUUUCAUGUAGUAACUUUCUGUGAUGGAGCUUUUAGAGGUGGACGUCUGGUUCCUAUCACCACCACUGUGAACAAUUCUGACUCUGUAAGUUUCUCUAGAACAGAGCGUUUCACACCAAACCACUCUGAAUGACUCUGUUUACAUCUCAACCAUUUAAUUAAGCAGACAUUCUGAAAGAAAAGUGCAGUUUCCUUUUAGAUGGCACACUUAUCUUUACCAUGAAAUGGUUGAGAAGGUAUAUAAUCUAAGAAUAUAAUCUAAUGAGGGUUAAUUCAGCAGUAAUGCUGCCAACGUCUAUAUAUAAUGAAUGACAAAAUGUCUUAAUAUAGUAUAGAAUGGUGGGUUCCUGGCUAGUUUGGGAGGAAAAUGAUUUUCAUUCAUGUUUACUUUUUUUUUAGCCUGUUUGUUUUCCAUACGUACUAUAGGUGAAACACAGGCGGACAGGAAUCACUUAAAUGGUUUACAUGAACUGAUCACCUUUGAACCUUGUUUCCCACACACUUUUUUUUUUUCCUCAUUAAAAAUACAUUUGUUUGCAUUCAUUAUGUAACCGUGUGAGUGUGUGUGUGUGUGUGCGCACAUGCAGGCCUUGUAAAGGUGUGAACAACUAAACUGAGUGUCAGUUUUGUUAAAUAAAAAAUAAAAAAAAGCUCCAACAAUUACCCCCAAAUGUCUUACAGUGCCACAGUACACAAUGAGAAGGAUUUUUAAAGAUUUAAUUAAAUUAAAUAAUUUAUCAGAAA